AGCGCUCGGUGUUUGUUUUCCCGCUGCCGGCUGGCAGCGCUCCGAGCUCUGAGAAAGGAAGCCCAUUGGUUGCAGGACAACUAUGACCUCCUGGACCACCAUGAAAACGCGCAUAACCGCCUCGGUGCGCACCACCAACCGGAUGAACGCCCUGCUCUCGGAGUCGAUGCUGAGCAGGAGGCGAGCGGCCCAAAAUCCGGAAGGGGAAGCGACCGGCGGAGAGGGCGGGGAGCCACGGAAGGAGAAGCCCAAAAACGACUGGAAGUUCUUUCACACCAACUUCAAUAUGGAACGUGCCCAGAAGAUCAUCGAAGAUUGCAUUGAGGAGCGGCUGCUGUGGGACCGCUUCAGCCGCAAUUACGACUCUUGGCGGGCACUGCAGCUGGCCGAGGGGCUGGCGGCCGAGAUUCGCGACCGGGUCAAGAAGCUGAACCACAGGCGCCAUCGCAUCGUCUGCCUGCUGUCCAUUGUGGAGAAGCAGAACCAGGGCGUCUACCAGCGCAUGUGCCACCUGAUGGACGAGAAGCGGGACAACUUCACCCAGUUGGUCUUCGAGCGGCCCACGUACUUCAUGAUCGUGGUUCUCUACCUGGUCUAUAAGGAUUAGUCGCAAAACGAAUGGGGACUUCACUCUUUCCUGGUGCUUGUUAAUUACGCUUAGGUUAAGCAAGGUGUUAAACUAAAAUAAUUUAUGAGGUAUUUGGAAUGAUUAAAAAAGAAUUGGACAGAAUUCUGUCCACCACUGUAGGCCCCGGCGAGAUUCGAACUCACGAUCUCCUGUUUACUAGACAGGCGCUUUAACCAACUAAGCCACGGCGCCGCUGUGAGAACGGUCGUGGAACUUCUCAAUUUAAAAAAUAACG